AUGAGGGCCAUGGCACCUAUUAAUGAUAUCGUUGAAUAUUGUCCGGCUCUGGAACAUCUUCACAUAUCGGCUUACGAACCCAACCACUUUGAUCUUGCUGGUCCUUUCUGGCUGUACGCUCAUACCGAAUCUAUGACUAAUCCAACUUGGAGCUUCACAUUGCGGUAUGGUCAGCAGAUGAACGAUUUUUCAGAUAGUGGUCCUUUGUCAGAGUGGCCAAAAUCACACUUCCUGGACCAAUUCCUGGAUGCUUUCGCUCAUCUCAACAAGAUUGUUUCUUUGGACUGCACGGUAACUCUGGUCCUACCAGACGAGGUCGACAACACGGUAAAGGUAGACAGGCGUUCCACGAAGAGAGUUUACGAUAUCAAACGAGCUGAUCAAGCUAUCAAAUUCAGCAAUGGAGGCCAUCCAUCGGAUUUGAGGUAUUCAGCUAUGACAGCAGCUGCUCAGCUGUUUAUUGACCGGAUACCUUCUCUUGAACAAGGGCAUUUAUGGCAAGAUUUGUCUUCCGAUGGAACGUAUUCUUUUGAUUGCGUCCUCCGGUGGACUUAG